GUAGUAGCAACUUGGAACCUUUGCCUUUCACAAGUCCUUUCACUUUUCCACAAGCUUUUGACUUCAAUUCCAUUACGCUGAAAACAAGUUUGUUUAGGUGGUGUAACUGUAACCCAUUAUAGUACCGAACCAAUAUUCUGUAGUUUACAAAGAGAAAUUAGUUUAAUUUAAUGGAGCAGCACAAGGACAAGAACCUAUGCAAAAAGUAUGCACAGUUUCAUUAGACAGUGUUUGGUUGUUCCUGAUAGCAGGGGAACAUUCUCCUUUAAACCAGACUCGUAAUAAUUAGUCCACAGCGGAAUCUUCCAAAUUCAUUGGAGAAUAAAACUCUGUAUAUUUGUUCAGUUGCUUUAAGGCAGGGAAAAGUGGCAUCCUCAGAGAGAGAGAGAGAAAGAGUGAGAGGCUCCUCAAAUAUUAAAAAAAUAAAUAAAAACAAAAAACCUUUCUAUAACAACAAUGCCACUCUUCUACCUUGAGUCAAUUCCUGGUUUGCUUUCAAGGCUGAGCAUCAUGGAUAUCUACCCUACUCUCUUUCUGAGUUGGAGUUUGUGUAUGGUGUUUUGAUUCUGAGGAUAGUAGUGAUUAUUACCAUCAAAAUUUGGGUUUCUUCAACUUUCAGUGAUGGGAAGUAACAGCAGAGGAAAGGAUGGUGAAGGCACUUCUGGAGUUAAAAAAGAUGAAGAGAACUAUGAGCACGAACAAGACAUGAAUUUUCUGCCACCUCAAGCGCUUUUUCUCAAUACCAAUGGAUUCACAGAUCCGUUGCUCAUACAACCCCAGGUCGUUCCUGUGGUUGGCAUGCAUGGAUCUGCAGCGUUAGUGCAACCCCUGCUGCCACAAAAUGGAUAUGUAGAAUCUGUGAUUCAUGAAAGGUUGAAAAAUGUAAGGAUCACAUGGAACCAUGCAGCCACGAAUGUUGCUGUUGCAGGAUCAUGGGACAACUGGGAGACCACGGAGCCCCUGCAAAGAGUAGGUCAAAAUUUUGUCAUUGUUAAAACACUCCCGAUAGGUAUCUAUCAUUACCGUUUCAUUGUAGAUGGCUACUUGACACAUGCUCCCGAGUUCCCUUCGGCUUCUGAUGAUUCAGGCUAUGGCUACAACAUAUUGGAUUUGCAGGAUUAUAUCCCAGAAAUACUUGCAAAGUUAUCCGAUUUUGAAGAUCCUCCGUCACCACCAUCGAGUUAUGAUAACACAUACUUAAAUGAAGAGGAGUUCAGCAAGCCCCCACCAGAAUUACCACCAAAUCUACCAGUGGCAAUAGGACAUGAGCCUUCAUCCACAAAUACUCGACUUGUCCCUAGGCCCACACAUCUGGAACUGAAUCAUCUAUACAUACAUAAAACUGAUAGGGAUCAAUUUGUGGCACUACGAUCAACUUUUAAGUUUCAACAAAAAUAUAUUACUACGGAACUGUACAAGUCCCUGCGCAGGGAAAGAUGAUGAAGCAUAUUAUCAUUUUUGUCUGCUACUGAACUUGCCUCGUUUAAGUUGUCUUUAUGAGAACAUAUGUUAAGGUCGUUAAUCUAAUGUGUAGAAAAUUGAUUGGAGUAGGUAAAUGAAAUAUUGCUUUCCAUGUAAAAACCUUAAGGGAAUAUUAUUUUAUUCUGGCAAUCAGUAGUCAACAUAUACAAUACAUAUUCAUAGUAGUUUCCUUUCUUA